AGGACCGUAAGAGUGAGGCCCCUCCAAGACGUGACCCUCGUGCAGGCGCCUCGCCCUCAACUCCCCUACCCCACAGCCUUCCACUUGCUGUCUCUCAGCAGCCCAGCAGACAUUUAUUGAACGCCUGCUGUCUUCCAGCCUUGGGUUCUGGAGACACGGGCGAAGAGCGAUCCAGACCCUGUCCCGCCCUCACAAAGCUCAAGUGACUUUGGGGUGAGGUCCCACAGGAAUGAGAAGCCCCUCUCUCACGUUUCCGCCUUGGAAAGAUUACCUUGGAUUCCUAUUGCUUUCUUGGCAUUGAACCUAGGCUAAAAAAAAAAAAAAGCAAGGUAUCUUGGGAAGUCUGGGGAAGUGGUGAUAGGAACAUAAAUUCCCUUCCACCUCGGUGCUCCUGGUUCCAGCCACCAACCUUUCUUCUGUUCCUGAACCAGCCUAAGUGGGUCUUUUACUUGCUCUGUCUCCUCCUUGGAGCCCUCCUCAUUUCCUGUCAGGUCUCAGCUCAAAUGUUGUCUUGGCAAAGAGGUUUUCUCUACUCAAACUGUCCUAUUGAUUCGGCUCUUUAUUAUCUGUUACCGCAACAGAACAGGCUACUCGAGGGCAGGGACCUUGCUUGCACUCUUCUCUCCUAUGUCUGUGCCUAGAAUAGUGCCUAGCCAAUAACAGGUGCUCACCAAAUACUGCACAAGCGUAGAAGUUCCGCCUUUUCUACCUACUCCGAGCACCCUUUGAUGUGCCCUCUGCUUUCCUGAGCUUCAAGCUCCUACACAUCCCACCUGCCUAGAGCACACACUUACCCUUGUGCCCAGCUGCACCCCCACUUUCGGAAAGGGUGACGUCCUCCACUGCUUUUUCUGUCGGCAGAUUCAGCAGGGCAGGGCCUGCCCCUUUAAUCUGGGCCCCACCUGCUCUGGUCAGACAGGUUUGGAGACACAGGUAAAGGGAGAGAGACUGAGAGGGAUACUUGCAGAGCCAGCAGGGAGCUGGGCAGCUCCUUCCCAAACGUUGGGGACCCUCCGCCUCUGCAGAUGGAAAGGUGAUAGGACCUCAUGGUAGACCCCAGAACUGAGGCCCCAGGAUGACAGAACCCGAGACCCUGGCCCUGCUGGAAGUGAAGGGGUCUGAGGCCCCGGAGAAGAGCCCGCCCCAGGCCUUGGUCCCCAACGGCCGGCAGCCGGAAGGGGAAGGUGGGGCUGAGUCCUGUGGAGCCCAGUCCUCCAGGGCGGGGUCUUCUGCUGGGUCUCCCACAGCCGAAGAGGGGACUGAGGAUGGUCUCGACAGCACGGUAAGCGAAGCUGCCACCCUGCCCUGGGGGACUGGCCCUCAGCCCAGUGCCCCGUUCCCAGACCCCCCCGGAUGGCGGGACAUCGAGCCCGAGCCCCUCCGCUCAGAGCCACCCACCAAGCUAGAGGAGUUGUCCGAAGAUGAUGCCAACCUGCUGCCCGAGAAGGCGGCCCGGGCCUUUGUGCCCAUCGACCUGCAGUGCAUCGAGCGGCGGCCCCAGGAGGACCUGGUUGUGCGCUGCGAGGCGGGUGAAGGCGAGCGCCACCGGACCCGCCCGCCUGCCCGGGCCACCCAGCCCGAGCCCCCCGAGCGCAAGUGGGCCGAGGCCGUGGUGAGGCCACCAGGCCGCUCCUGCGGGGCCUGCGGGGGCUGCGGGGGCCGGGACGGGGUGCGGGCCGUGGCCUCGGUGGGAGCCGCCCUCGUUCUCUUCCCCUGCCUGCUGUACGGGGCCUACGCCUUCCUGCCCUUCGACGCCCCGCGGCUGCCUACCAUGAGCUCCCGCCUCAUCUACACGCUGCGCUGCGGGGUCUUUGCCACCUUCCCCAUCGUACUGGGGCUCCUGGUGUACGGGCUCAGCCUCUUGUGCUUCUCGGCGCUGCGGCCCUUCGGGGAGCCGCGGCGGGAGGUGGAGAUCCACCGGCGCUAUGUGGCCCAGUCGGUCCAGCUCUUCAUCCUGUACUUUUUCAACCUGGCCGUGCUCGCCACCUACCUGCCCCAAGAGACCCUCAAGCUGCUCCCUCUGCUCACUGGUCUCUUUGCCGUCUCCCGUGUAGUGGUUGUCUGUCCCACCGGCCUCCUGAGCAGCGUGCAGCCUGGUUUCUCCUCCUUGUGUGACUCACCCUCCCGUGUGCGUCUUGGGGAGUGCUGAUCUCAGACAGAAGUCGGGUUGAGCAGUAAGGAUCGUCAGGGGGCUAAAGAGCACCCCAGGGUUGUCCAGCCUGCCUCACCCACUUCACCGUGGGGAAGGCACAGCAGACCAGGGGAGAGGAGCUGCUCAGGCCGCUCAGCAGUGGUGGGGCCUGGAAUACUGGCCCCUCCGUCUGUCACCAGGGCCCUUUCUUCCCUACCACGGGGCAAGUUACUCA